GUGCAAAAGACUCAUUUUUUCCUGAAUAGGGGGUGACGUAGGAAAAUUACAUCAGCUCCACGGUCUGCAGGAUCGGAGAGACACCGCCCGCGGUGGUCUUUAUUCAUCAAAAUCCAACCUUUUCAACUCUACCGGAAUCCACAGGACAAAUUUCUAUGGUUUUGGUGGCAAUUGGCGACAAUUUCAGAGCUCUAAGAUUGAUUUCUAGGGAUACAGGGAUUAAAUAAUCCGGUUGGGUUGAAUUUCGGAUCCUUGCCUUGUGGCGGAGGAGGAGGGAUUGGUUUAUGCGUGCCAUUCCGAUGUCUGAGAAACCUGGCUUGAAGCAGGUUCUGGAGGACUCGGUAGCUGAGGCGGAGGGAGAUCAAUCGAUUCGAGACUACAUCGCCGAGCCGGUGAAUCAGGAAUUAAGGUCAGCAUGGCCGGUGGGGGAAUCGGUAGCAGACGGUGAUAAGCAGGUGGAGGAAGAUAAAGGCAAAGUGACGGAGGAUUCGGGGAAAGAGGAGUUUGUGGAUUGCUCGGAGGAUUACGCAAUGGAUGAGUUGGAUCGCCUGCGGCUUUUGCUGGAUACUACCGUUGACUGUAAUUUUCUAUGUCGAAGUACAAUUUUAUCCAUGUAUUAACAGAUAGUUAAUAGGAAAAAUCAUUUUAGGACUAAAUUUGCUAAUGAAGUACAUCACAGAAAUUAAAAUCCAAAUUUUUUUAGCACAUGACUAUCUUCCGAAUACCUUAUAAUCCGAUUUGACCUAUAAAAUAUGAUAGUACAUUUUA